CCUGGCCGCAGGGUGGGCCUCACCAUCGGGACUCAGGCCUGUCCUGGGGCUGCAGGCUCCUCGGAUGGACCCCUGGGGUGUUUCUGUUCCACAAGCCACGUUUUCUCACCUCUCUACUGGACACCAGGGUAGCCUCUCCCUGUGCGAGGUUGAGGAAGGAAAGGCCAGGGCAAACGUGGACCUGGCUGGGGUCGGAGGCCACUGUCAGGUUCCACAGAUGCUUGGAUCCCGAGUCGGUAGAGCGGAGAGGCCGCAGGGGAGGCCGGGAGCUCUGGCAGGCGGCCGGGCCGUCUCCUCCUGGCCACGGGCCAGCUCGGGCCCGGCUGCUCUGGGGGUUUGCUGAGCUGGUUGCAUGGGUGAGACCUCAGGGAGGGCGGGUGAGCCGAGGCCCGGCCGCUGGUGUUUUGCCAAGGACUGCAGGCUAGGCUGCUUCUCUCUGGGCCCGGUGUCCAUGCCAGAUGGCCGUGCCUUCGUCUCGGCAGAGUGGGGACACUCGGGGGAAAAACUGCUUUGCUUUUGGGUCUCACCCCCAUCAGAGUCUCCUGGGCUCCUCACCUCGGUGUCCCCCACCUUUCCUUUGCCCUUCCCCCAACUCCCCGAGGACGCUGUGCUGAGGUUUCGUUUGGGGGUCCCCAGUUUCCUGCAUGGAGACCUUUGUCAGUCCGGCCCUCCAGGCCCCAGCUCUGCACUGUCCGGCCUGUUUGGCCUGCCCCUGUCGGCCCCGCUGCCUCAGCCCGAGGACCCCCCAGUCAACGGCUGCCACGGCCCGGCCCCCGCGGAGCAGGACGGAGAGGCAAUGCAGCUGGGGACAGUCCCUCCACCGCCUCCCGACGGGGACCAGCCCCCCGAGACUGCAGACCCCAAGCCACCGCUCGUGCCCCCGUUCCCACCGUAUUUCGAAGGCGCCCCCUUCCCUCCCCCGCUCUGGCUAAGAAGCACCUACCGGCAGUGGGUGCCGCAGCCGCCCCCCCGGACCAUCAAGAGGACACGCCGGCGUCUGUCCCGCAACCGUGACCCGGGUCGGCUGGCCCUGAGCCCCAUCCGCCUGCGGCCGCGCCAAGUACUCUGUGAGAAGUGCAAGAGCACGCUGAGCCCCCCCGAGGCCAGCCCCGGCCCCCCGGGUGCCCCGAGGCCGCGCAGGAGGGUGGGCAGCGGCCCUGGCUUUGACAGCGAGCCCCGCAAGCCGGAGGACCCGGCCGGCGGUGGCGACCCCGCGGCCACCACGAGGAGGAGCAAGAGGGAGAAGCGAGAGGAGGACAAGGCCCGGGUGCCACGGAGCCCGGCCAUCAAGAUCUCCUACAGCACGCCCCAGGGCACGGGCGAGGUCGUCGAGAUCCCCUCCCGCGUGCACGGGUCCCUCGAGCCCUUCUGCCCCUCCCAGGCCCUGCACGGUGGUGGCCAGGACCCCAGCGGGCCCAGCGCCUCCAUCCCCAAGCUGAAGCUGACGCGCCCCGGGCCCCCUGGCGCCGGCCUGCCGCCCCCCAAGAUCCGCCUGAAGCCCCACCGCCCGGGGGCCGGGGAGCGGGAGCCCGUCUACAGAGCCGAGCUGGUGGAGGCGCUCAACGGCCACGGGCGAGGCCCCCGGGCCAGCUCACCCUCUCUCCUGGGCCACGGCUCCGCGGGCCGUGGGCCGGUGGACUCGUCUUCCGGAAGUUCUGGCGAGGAUGAUGACUUCAAGCGGUGUCCCCAGGGUAAACCCCAGCAGGACGGCCUGGCGUUCCUCGCCGCCUGCCCUAGGAGGGGGACGGACUGUGCCGGUGAAUCUGUGUGGAGCAGCGACAGCCUGGACGAGUCCAAAUCGUGCAGCUCAGAAGUGCCGUCACCGGACACGUGUGACCUGUCCGGCGACGGUACGUCUGUGAGGUCCUCGUCCGGGGCCGCGAGGCAGACGGUCCCGCCCCUGACAGUCAGGCUGCACACACAGAGCGUCUCCAAGUGCGUGACUGAGGACGGAAGGACCGUGGCCGUAGGGGACAUCGUGUGGGAUGUUCAUUUAAACAUUGAAGCUCCCGCUGGCCCUGCUCUGUCUCCUCCGAGCUGACCGUGGGAGCAGGUGGGUGCCCAUGCGUGUGGGCAGGGGUGCGUCAUUGACCAAAGCGAGUUCUUAGCACACCUCUGUAUCGUGACCAGCGAAGUCACCAGCCCCGAAGGCUGACGGGUCAGGUCCCCUCGGCACCAGCAGGAGCAGGAGGGGGAGGAACGACGGGGAACAGCAGGGAACAGGGCAUCUCCUGGAAGCAUCCGGAAGCAUCCACGCCCCAGAUGACCCGGCACCACAGGAAGGGGCGGGCGCGACGGGCCUUGUCUCUACUUCAUGUGCUUGGACACGUCCGUGCACUGUGGUUGCCAGGUAGAGGGAGGGCUGGGAACAUUCCGAAGAGCCAGACCCCAAAGGUUGCUCUGCGGGCCCAGUGGACGGGGCGAGGUGUUCCUCCCUGAGGUCACCAGAGCCGACUACGGGUCCACAUGGCAGAGAGGAGGGGGACCCAGACCCCACUGGAGAUCUGGGCAGGGGCUGUGUCCCCGGGGAGGGGCUGUGUCCCCGGGCAGGGACUGUGUCCCCAGGCGGAGGCUGUGUCCAAGGGCCUGGUCCCGAGGUGCCCACCCGGGGGGCUUGGCUGUUUGACUUCCGUGGGUCAUGGCAGGGCAGGGCAUGGGAGAGUCCUGGGGGCGGGUCAGCGUCUGGGUGCUUGUGACAGAUGUCCUGCCGAUCCCAUAAGGACCUUGUGGACGUGCCACUCCAGGGCCACAACCUGCUGUCAACCCUGGGGUCCUGCCAUGGGUCCCUGCGGGUGGAGCCAGCCUCCCCUCUGGAGGAGCUGCCCCAGCUGUGGCUCCCAGAGCCCCUGGUACGGGCAGUGCUAGCUUGCUGAGGACAACAGGAUGACACCCCUCGAUCUGCUUGGCGCCCCCAAAGCUGGGCAUGAGGAGGCACCCCCAUGAGUGUGGGAGCCAUCAGACCAUCCCACAUUCUGCCCGGGGGCUUGGUCUCCCUUUGGAGAAGGCCUGUGCUCAGCCCUUUCUUCCCUGAAGUCCCUGGGGCUGGAAUGGGGGGCGGGUGCCCAGCAGGGCCUAGACAGCCUCCCUGUCACAGGCCACCUGCCCCUGAGGCCGUGCUCUGCCUGGGUGGGCUCCCUGGCUCUGCCCGCGUCCUGGAGCCCCUGGGCAGCUACACCUCCCCUCUCCCCACAGGAUCUGGGCGCUGGGACCCCCAGGGCUGCACCCCCAGUCGUGAGGCCCCAGCCAGAGUCACAGUGUCUGGUGACUCCCAGCAGCUCCUGACUCCACCCUCUGGCCCCUGCCCCUCUCCCAGGGCACCGGGAAGGCACUUUCAGGGGGAGGGAAAGGCUAGGCCCUGGUCAGCUCUCGAGCUCAGCAGUGGAGUUAGUCAGAAGGAGGGAGGAGGUGGGACCCCAGGGUCAGCUCUCU